AUGGCUCCCAAAUCUUCAACUGCCUCCCUCAGCAUCCUCUUCUUCUUCAGCGCUCCUUUUCUUCUUUUUCAGCCGCCAUCAUCGAUGGCUGACCCACUUCCUGCCGACAGAGAGAGCGAUAUCGGCGGUCGACGUCACCAAAGGAAGGAAGUUACUGCAGACGGCGGGAGCCGCACUUCCUUUCCCUCCCCUCCAGGUGGCGAGUAUACUGUCAAAGUGUCAGCCAAUGGGAGGCCGUGCGUCAUGUUCCAGGCCAGAAAGUUGGCGCUACGCUACGAGAGGCGCAAGCAAGUGGACCUGACUGAGCGAGCCUUCUCACCUCGAAAGUCCGUUGACACCAGCCAGUCACUGUGCCGUCACGACAUGGCCACGCUGGUGAUGACGUUUGGAGAUGUGGAUGAUUUGCGAGGCCUGUCCAUUAGAAUGCAUCUGUCCAAUACCUUCUACGAGUCUUCAGGCCAGUGGUGGUUCUCGGUGGACAGUGUGUCAUUGCUCUACAACAGCUCGCAGGAAGCUGUCUUCAACGCCAGCGAAGUCUAUGCGCCGUCCUCGUCCUCAUACCACUGCUCGCACGUUAGCAGCCUGGAGCGCCACAGCGCCCUCCUCAGGCCUGGCAGCGACCGCGCCCGCCGCUGGACGCUGACCUUUACCGACUUCCAGAUUCAGGCUUUUAACGUGACGUCCGGCGGCUUUUCCCCGGCCAGCGACUGCGCCGCCUUCUUGACGCCAGCCAUCUUGAUGGGGUUGGUGACAUCGCUCAUUCUGCUACUGGUUCUGGCCUACGCGAUGCAUCUGCUCGUGCACCUCAACCGCAUCGAGAACGAGCGCGAGCGCAAGGCGCACGCACGCUACCUCUACGAUCAUGAACAGCUAGAACGCUGCUGUGCCGAAAAUGCGGACGAUAAAGAGGCUUCCUAG